AGAGAAGACAGAGGUUUUCUGUAAAAAUGACCAGAUUUGCUCGUGCAUCAGAUGGAAACAGAAAAAGACCAUUGGAUGCCACAGAAUGGAAUGAAAUGAAAGAAAGUAGGAAGAAACAUAAAACAGACAAAAACCUGAAAAAGAAGGUAGAUCAAAAUGAUGGGGGUAAGAAAAGUAAGCAUGACAAAACAAAGACAAUGAAGUCAAAACAAGAUGAUGAUCAUAAGAAAAGGAAAGGCAAAUCAAAGAAAAAGAAGCAGAAUGAUUCAUUGAGGAGUGAUAAUGAAAAAGAAUCCACAUGUCAACAAACCAGUUUAGAGUCUCGUCUUCGGAAUCUUUCACAAGUGACAACUCAAGAUCUUCAACUCAAAGAAGCUUACAAGAAAGUCAAAAGAAGUGAAAACAGAAGAUUGCAAAGAAUCCAGAAAAGACAAGAUGAAACGAUAUGUUACAAUUGUCGAGAAUCUGGUCACCAGAUGUCUGAUUGUCCGGAGGUUAAAAGAGACGUGGAGCAGGGUACUGGAAUCUGUUUUAAAUGUGGAUCAACAGAACACUCUUCUUCAAAAUGCUCUGUCAGACUACCACCAGGAAGAUUUCCUUAUGCAAAGUGUUUUAUUUGUGGAGAAACUGGUCACUUAUCAAAGCAGUGUCCUGAUAACCCCAAAGGACUCUAUCCCAUGGGUGGAUGUUGCAAAAUCUGUGAAUCUGUAGAACAUUAUCAGAGAGACUGUCCAGAGCUCCAAAGCCAACAAGGAGUGAAAAGUUACUGUCUGCCAACCAUAGGAGGAGCCCACUCUAGUGUGGAUGCUGAGAUAGACCUUGAAGAAUUUAAGCCAAUGCCUCCUGUUAAAAAGAAAAAUGGACCAAAAACUGUUGUGUUUUAAUAAAAAUGACUGCUGCUCUGAUUUAUUUUCAUUCCUCAAAGAAACUAGUUGAUUCAAAUACAAAUAUCCAUUUUGCAGUAAAUGUCCUUGUUUAAUAUAAGCCCAUUUUUAGAAGAUGAUGAGUGGUGUAUAUUUUAUGAUUGGGGGUACUUUUAUUUAGGCUCUUUAAAUAUAAACUGUAAUUCAGGAAUUUAUUGACAAAGUGAAUUGUGAAACUGUGAUUGCAUUUUCUUUAUAGCCAGGAGUCAAUUUACAAUGAAGUUAUACAUGUUGUAGCUCACUGUAGACAAAACUCCUUUUAAAAAUAGUCUGUUUCA